AUGCUGACACCGAGGAGAGCCCUGGCCGCGGCGGCCUUUGUUCUCAUCGUCUUCUAUCUCAUCACAUCAACCCACAACACGCCGAUAGCCAACUCGCCAGCGGCGCCGAAAACGCAAAAAGCCAACGAUGCCAAGCCAGCGGCGACGCCCUCGUCGUCUCCCCACCGCAAUACCGACCCCAACGCCCGCGUCUCCGCGCAGAAGCCCAUGAUGGACAUGUCAAAAUUGCCCCUCUACGAGAAGCUUGCGUACCAAUAUCCCUAUGACGUCGAGACCAAGUUCCCUGCCUACGUGUGGCAGACGUGGAAGACGACCCCACGGGACAGCAAGUUUGAGUUCCGGGAGCAGGAGGCCAGCUGGACGGAGCAGCACCCCGGCUUCAUCCACGAGGUCAUCACCGACAGCGUGGCAGUGGACCUGCUGCGCCUGCUGUACGCCUCUGUCCCCGAGGUGCUUGAAGCCUACAACGCGCUGCCGCUGCCCGUGCUCAAGGCCGACUUUUUCCGCUACCUCAUCCUGCUGGCGCGCGGUGGCAUCUACUCGGACAUCGACACGUAUGCCAUUCGGUCUGCGCUCGACUGGGUUCCCGACCGCAUCCCCACUACGUCCAUUGGCCUCGUCAUCGGCAUCGAGGCCGACCCCGACCGCCCCGACUGGCACGACUGGUACAGCCGCAGGAUUCAGUUUUGCCAGUGGACCAUUCAGGCGAAGCCCGGCCACCCGGUGCUCCGCGACAUUGUCGCGCGCAUCACAGAGGAGACACUCAGGAGGGUCAAGGCGGGGCAGCUGUCCAAGGUCAUGGAUGACAACGUCGUCGAGUUUACCGGCCCGGCCGUGUGGACGGACACGGUGUUCGACUACCUCAACGACGCGCGGUACUUUGACAUGGCCCACUCCAAGGGCCCCAUUGACUGGCGCAACUUUACGGGCAUGGAGCAGUCGAAGAAGGUGGGCGACGUCGUCGUGUUGCCGAUUACGAGCUUCAGCCCAGGCGUGCAGCAGAUGGGGGCCAAAGACGACGACGAUCCGAUGGCGUUUGUGAAGCACGAGUUCGAAGGCACGUGGAAGCCCGAGGCGCUGCGUCACAUUGGCGAAAACAACGAUUAG